UACUAUUGUAUUGUUUGGAAACCCUUUUUGUUCUUUCAUGCUCGAACAACCAAACCCUAGACUAGAUACCUGCUCCACAAGCAUGUGAUCUGCCACAAGAUUUGUGGUCGCGGAUCACUGAGCAAGGUGAUGAAGGUCGUUCUGCCACUUCCUCCGUCGACCACCAAUGGAGUCUCUUCUCAUCGCUUUCGCGCAUGGAGGAGGGAUUCCUUGAUCCCUUCGUCGUCGUCGCCCUCUUCCUCGAGUUCCCGGAUCAGCCCCGCGGUUCUCUUCGCCAUCGUCGUCCUCGCGCUCAUCUUCUUCCUCUCCGGCCUCCUCCACCUCCUCGUUCGCUUCCUCCUACGCACGCGCCCUUCCUCCGCCGCCGCCGCCGCCUCGCCCAUGCGCACCCGCCGCGCGCGCCUCCCUGGAGACCCCGGCACGCUCCAGCGCCAGCUCCAGCAACUGUUCCACAUCCACGACUCCGGACUCGACCAGGCCCACAUCGACGCCCUCCCCCUGUUUCUCUACGCCGAGAUCCUCGGCUCCAAGGACCCCUUCGACUGCGCGGUCUGCCUCGCCGAGUUCGCGCCCGAAGACAAGCUCCGCCUCCUGCCCGCUUGCGGCCACGCCUUCCACCUCGCCUGCAUCGACACCUGGCUUCUCUCCAACUCCUCCUGCCCCCUUUGCCGGGGCCUCAUAUUCUCUCAGGGGAUCGCGAUCGAGAACCCCAUGUUCGGCUUCGAUGAUCCGACUGCCGACGAAGAGGAAUUCCAAGAAGUUCAAGAAGCCAAGGAAAGAAUGCUCUCUGUUAGGCUUGGAAAGUUCAAGAAAUUGAGCUGUGGAGAUACAGAUGGUGCCGCGGAAAUCACAGAUCGGGGGGAGACGAGCAGUAGCAAUUUGGAUGGCAGGAGGUGCUUUUCCAUGGGAUCUUACCAGUAUGUGGUCGCCGAUGCUAAUCUCCGAGUGGAUCUCACUGCUUCUUCCACCAGGGGAAGAAGGACCACUGGAAAUGCAAUGAGUAGAGAUGAGAGUUUGUCCGUGUCCAAGAUUUGGCAGUGGUCCGAUAAGAAUGGGAAGUUCCCUGUCUCUGCUGAUACUGCUGCUGCAUUCGACAGAGGCUUGCCGUGGAUUACUCCGUGCGUGGAGGAGGCAUGAACUAUGGCUUGCCAUCUCUAGUUUGGUUCUACUCCAUUUCAUUUGACCUGAUGCCCGUCUUAGGAAUUUAGGAAUAGGAAACUCUUGUCGAAUUCGACUGCUCAAAGGGCCAAGAAACGCAUCGAAACUUACUAGUUAAAGUUGCAGAGAACUGACAGUAACAAUGAAGAUGCUUCUUUGGUCGAGAAGCAUUUCUGAUGUCUCUUCUUCAAGAUGAUGGGGAAUCCAAGGGACUUGGCAGUGAAUACCUUCCAUUUGAGAGCUACUUACCAUAAGAGAUCGAUUUACUCCCAGUGAUGCAGCUUUCUUGUUGUUUUUGUCUUAGAGAAGAUGUUCUGACAAUAUCAAAACAAAUCUACCAGCUCCUUCCAGGGAUCCCUAUUUUAUGUCAAAUCCACCAUGGAGCUGUAUCAAUGAGGACGAUCUACAAAAUGCACCAUGUCCAUUUGUUACAAUUUUUCAUUGGUUUCUACUAGCCAAAAAGCUCUGCAUUUUAGUAAUGUUUGCUCAAACUAUGACAUGCAUUACAUUGAGUGCAAAUGUGGUACAAUUUUUGAUGAUCAGAUUUGACCCUCCCAUUUCAAUUGUAAUUGUGCUCAAAUAGUUGUGACUUGCUGCUUGAUAAGAAGCAGCAAAUCUAAUGUUUAUUGUUUCUUCAUUCUCAUCCUGAUCGAAGAAUUCAAAUUUCACAUUCUGUGGCAAUCCAGCACUUUACAGUUUCCACUGAAAAGGAAUGCAAUUGUGGAUUCUUUAUCGUGCUCACUUUUGUACUAUAUGGACAACAACAGCACAUUGCAGAUGAUGUCUGCGGUCCACCACAAAGAAGUGACAAGGAAAAAUGCAGAACCACCCAACAUGGGCUCAGUUUCCAUUUUAGAAAGCACCAAACAUGUCCAGUGCCAUGCCCUUUUCCCUCCAUUACCUUUUAGGCUCUCUUCUCAUCAAGCUCCUCAAGGAAGACUCAAGUGACAACCAUGAGACAGUAGGCUGACCUCAG